CGCGUCGAGUUUCACCUUCCUCCUCCUGACCUCUCUCACCGUCCUGUCCUUUCCAAAUACCUCUAAACGGCGACAAUGUCGAACAAAAGUGUACAGUAUGAUAAAAUAUUCCUAAAUCAAAGCAGAAAUCCAGGAAAACUUCGAAUUGCUGCAAGCGGUUUGGGUUGGAAAUCGCCGGACAUAAAAGAACCAUUCACAGUGCCUCAGAGUGAAAUUCGUCGGUUCUGUUGGAGUAAAUUUGCUCGUGGUUACGAGCUGAAGUUAAUAUUAAAGAAUGGAAUUCCUGUCAGUUUGGACGGUUUUGAGUUGGAGGAUUUUGAAGAUUUACAAAAUGUUAUUAAACAAAACUUUGAUAUGACAAUUGAACAAAAAGAUUUUUCUCUCAAAGGAUGGAAUUGGGGAAAAACAAAUUUUCUGGGAUCGGAUCUUGUUUUUGAAGUGAACUCGAGACCUGCAUUUGAAAUUCCUGUCGCCAGUGUUGUAAAUACCAACUUGUCUGGCAAAAACGAGGUUGCCCUCGAGUUUUCUACACAAAACGACGGUCCAGUCCCUUCAGCACAGUCUGAUCAGUUGGUCGAAAUGCGUUUGUAUAUUCCAGGAACGACAACUCGGGAGGAAGCUGCUGAAGGUGAAGAAGCCACUGAACAAAACCUGGCAAGUGUUUUCUACGAAACACUUAAGGAACGUGCCGACAUUGGCCAAGUUACUGGUGACGCUAUCGUAUCAUUUAGUGAUAUUCUUCUUCUUACCCCUCGCGGUCGUUAUGACAUUGACAUGUAUGAGGAUUGCAUGCGGUUGCGCGGAAAAACAUACGACUAUAAGGUUGAUUAUACCUCAAUUAUUCGUCUAUUUCUCUUGCCAAAGCCAGAUGAUCAACAUGUUGUUUUCGUAAUUGGCCUUGACCCUCCAUUGCGCCAAGGUCAAACAAGAUACCCUUUCUUGGUGACACAAUUUAUUCGUGAUGAAGACAUGGAGGUUGAUUUGAAUAUUGACGAAGGACUUCUUCGUGAAAAAUAUGCCGAUAGACUUAAAAGUUCCUAUGACCAGCCUGCAUAUGAAGUCGUUAGUCAAAUUUUUCGCGGUUUGACUGGCCGUAGGGUGACUACGCCUUCCAACUUCUCUAGUCAUCACGGACACACCGCUGUCAAGUGUUCCUACAAGGCCAAUGAAGGACAAUUGUACGUGUUGGAGAAGUCUUUUCUCUUCAUUCCGAAACCGCCUAUCUACAUUGGAAUGGGUGACAUUGCGCGCGUUACUCUUUCUCGUGUUGGUGCAUCGGUUUCGGCCGCCCGUACUUUCGAUCUUACCUUUACAAUGCGCUCCGGUACCUCGUACCAGUUCUCCAAUAUUAAUCGCGAAGAACAAAAUGUACUUGUUGAAUACAUUGAGUCGAAGCACAUUAAAAUACACAAUGAUUUGGCGGAUGAAGCGGCACAAAACACUCUUCUGUCCGCUGCACUGGAUGAUGAAGACGACGGCACGGCUGACAUGGACGAGGACGAUAAUGAGGAUGAAGAGUUUGAAGCGGAAAGCGAAAGCGACGUUCCUGAAGAAUAUGACGAGAACCACAUUUCAUCUUCCGAUGUGGAGGAGGAAUGAGUUUGCUGCCGCUUGAGGUUCACUGGACCAUCUAUGCUCGAAAAAACCUUUUACGAUCGGUGUGUACGACGUGAGAAUACACAACUUUCUAUGCGUGAUAGUUUAACUUUCUAUGAAAAUAAACGGACGAUCUCUAUGAUUGUCCAAAUGAUUGUCCAUGAAGAAUGAACUAGACAAUUCAUCUUUUAUUGUUUAUCGCUUUUUUAUUAGGGACGGAAAUUGGUUUGCGCGUUAGGGUGUCUUAUGCGUUUUAGGAAUAGUUAACGCACUCAAAUACAUUGCUUGGC